AUGUUGAAUUAUUAGCAGACAUCACUUCAACCAUAAAAUACAACUUAGAAUAAUUUACAAUCUAUCUAUAACGAAGUAUUUCUGAUGUAACUAAUAAAUGAAACAUUAAAAUAACAUUAAAACACAACAUCUUCCGAGUUAGAAGCACUCAAAAAUAAAUUAGAGUAAAAUAAAACACACUUAACUUAAACAAUAUUUUAAAAAACUGGGUAAGAUAAAUCUAAGCCCAAUUAAAUAUAAAAUGUAGGAGAGUUUUAAGGAUAUGUUGUUUAAGUAUUUUUUCAAUGAAUUUUUGAAUAGUUAGAAUAGUCAAUGGGUGGAUAAUUAAAAUAGAUUCGAGAUAAAAAUUAAUUUAUUAUCUCAGAAUUAAUUAAGGCACAUAAAUUGUUGGAAAAAUAUGCUAUCUCUAAAAGAAAAUUAAACAAAAAUUCAGCCAAAGAAUUGGGUCUUAUUUAAGAUAUUGAAGAAUUAAGAGUAAGAGCAUCCAUGAUAAAUAAUCGACUUUAAGAAGUACUAUUUAAUAUCAAUCAAUUUAGCAUGAAAAUAAGGUUUAAUUCUCAGAAGAAUAUAAUGAUUUAUCAAAAAAUCCAAGGAUUAUAGAUUUUAAUGAAUAAUCAAUUGAACUCAUUAAAGAGUUAAAAAAGGAUUAUAUAGCUAGCAAAAUUACAUUAGAUAAGAGCUAACACAAUAUUAAAAAUAUGCUUGAAAAUUUAAAUGACACAAAUAAAUAAACAAAAUGA